AUGCAAUACGAUGAUAAACCAAAGGACGAAUGCGGUGUAUUCGGCGUUUUCGGCCAUCCAAAAGCGGUAGAAUUGACGUAUUUAGGGUUACGCGCCCUUCAGCAUCGGGGUCAAGAAAGUAGCGGUAUUGUUGCAUCAGACGGAGAGAAGUUCACAUACCAUCACGGUAUGGGCCUUGUUCACUCUGUCUUCACGGCUGAUGCUUUAGCGAAACUGAAAGGGCAUAUCGCUAUCGGACACAAUCGGUAUUCAACGGCAGGGGCAAGCACGCUUGAAAACGCGCAACCUCUGGUUCGGAACUACAAGCAAGGUCCCCUCGCGCUUGGUCACAAUGGCAACCUUGUCAAUGCGGUGCAAAUUCGGAAUCAUUUAGAGAAUGCCGGUUCCAUCUUUAGCACGAGCUUAGAUACUGAAGUUAUUUUCCACUUGAUAGCGCACUCGCGGAAGGAGGCGUUGGAAUAUAGAAUUAUUGACGCGCUGCGAAGUAUUGAGGGUGCGUAUUCGUUUGUAUGCAUGGAUAAAAACACGCUGAUAGGCGCACGCGAUGCCCACGGAUUUCGACCUCUCUGGCUCGGUAAGCUUGGUAACGCAUACGUGUUAACUUCCGAGACGUGCGCGCUUGAUGUGAUUGAAGCGGAACCAAUACGUGAGGUAGAGCCAGGGGAGUUAAUAUUUACACGUUCCAACUAUCGCGGUGUAGAGUCGUUUCGUUUUCAUAAGAGACAAUCGCAAUUAUCGCAGUGCAUCUUUGAAUAUAUCUACUUGGCGCGACCCGAUAGCAUGAUGUUUGGGCAAAGCGUGAACAACACGCGCCGCGAAUUUGGCAGACAGCUCGCCCGCGAACACCCUGUCAAAGCAGAUGUUGUUAUCCCAGUGCCUGAUUCUGCAACGAUCGCCGCUCUUGGAUACGCCGAGGAAUCUGGCAUUCCCUUCGAUUUAGGGCUGUCUCGGAACACUUUUGUCGGUCGCUCCUUCAUGAACCCGACGCAGGAUAUCCGAGAACUGAUGGUGAAGAUAAAAUUGAACCCCGUGCGCGAUGUGCUACGUGAUAAACGAGUCAUCCUCGUAGACGACUCAAUCAUGCGGGGGACAAACAGCAGGAAACUCAUCAAAAUCGUUCGGCAAGGCGGCGCGACAGCCGUCCAUCUCCGCAUUGCAUCCCCACCGAAUAAAUUCUCAUGCUUCUAUGGUGUGGACACACCGACCCGUAGUGAGUUAAUCGCGAGUUCACAUACAAUUGAGGAAAUCCGCAAAUAUAGCCGCGCUGACAGUCUCGGUUAUUUGAGUAUCGAGGGACUGCUCAAUUCAGUAGAAACACCUCAGGAUUUUUGUACCACCUGUUUUGAUGGAAAAUAUCCGAUUCCGUUUGUGGAGGAAUCUUCACAACAACUCCCCUUAAUCGUGGAUUGA